UGCUGAGUUAAUGUUUGCACCUGUGUAUAGUGUCUAAACACAUAUUACAGUCCAAUUAAUUGUUUGAAUUUUACCAAGUGUAUUUCAAUACGAAAUCCAAAGUCUCAGGAAAGUGACAAGUGCCAAAGAAUACUUGAAAUGUCAACUAAAACUUUAAAGAAUUUUUUAAAAUGUUUGUUCAUUCAAUUGCAUAUAAUAUUUGACUAUUUGAUAGAUUUCAUUUUUGGAUUAUAUUAUAAUCAUAAGAAACAAAAAGUACCACCAAUCAAGAAUAACUUAUUGUUAAUGAGUGCAUCGGAAUUAGCUGAAAAAAUCAGAACAAAACAAAUAUCAUCUUUAGAGGUUGUGACAGCAUUUAUAGAAAGAGCAAAAGAGGUAAAUGGAAUAAUAAAUGCAGUAGUUGAGGAUAGAUAUUCCGAAGCCCUAGAAGAAGCUAAAGAAGUAGAUAAACUUUUACAGACAUUACAAUAUUCUGAUUCGUUGAAAGAAAAACCAUUAUUGGGUGUACCUUUUACAACAAAAGAAAGCAACGAAGCUAAAGAUAUGCUGCACACAAUGGGUUUAACAAGUCGACGUAGUUAUCGCUCUAAAGAAGAUGCAACAGCGAUAGGUGCCGUAAAAAAUGCCGGUGCAAUUUUGAUAGCAAAGACAAAUAUUCCUGAACUAAAUUUGUGGACCGAGUCAAGAAAUAAUAUAUACGGACAAACAUGUAAUCCAUACGAUACGACUAGAAAUGUUGGUGGAAGUAGUGGUGGAGAAGGAGCAAUUACCGCUGCCUGUGGAAGCGCAUUUUCCAUUGGCAGUGAUAUCGGUGGUUCUACUAGAAUGCCUGCCUUUUUUAAUGGAGUAUUUGGAUUCAAACCGACUGGAGGCUUAACACCGUUGAAAGGUAUUGGUCUUCGACAACAGGUUUAUUAUAUCGAUUCAAUGGCAGAAGUAGGUCCGAUAUGUAGGAAAGCAGAAGAUUUAGGACCUCUCUUGAAAAUUGUAAUUGGGAAAAACAUAUCACUUUUUGACAAAGAAGUAGAUAUAAAACGUCUUAAUAUAUUUUAUCAAGAAAGUUCAGGUGAUAUAAGAGCAAGUAGAGUAAAUAGUGAAAUGAGAGCUGUUCUUUUAAAAGCUGUGGAUCAUUUUAAAGAAAUUACUGGAUCUGCGACAAAAAUAAAGAUACCUGGCUCCGAGUAUAGUUAUCGAUUAUGGAGAUUUUGGAUGACACAAGAAGAUUUUGAUUUCAACUCAAGUAUAACAAACGGAAAGUAUCGUACGAGUGCUCUUACAGAAAUAUCAAGAUUAUUAACUGGAACAUCAGAAUUGACAUUAGCUGCAAUCUUGAAAUUAAUCGACGGAGAUUUACUCCCCAAAGAACAUGCCCUAUGGGCAACGGAUGUAACUAGUCGCAUGAAACAAUAUUUGGUGAAUAUAUUGGAAAAUAAUGGAAUAUUAUUUUAUCCAUCUUCACCUUUCCCAGCUGGUUACCAUUAUACAGCUUAUUUAAGACCAUUUAAUUUUGGUUAUUGGUGCCUUUUCAAUGUUUUGAAAUUUCCGGUUUGUCAAGUUCCUUUGGGUCUAGAUAAGAAUGGAUUACCUAUUGGAAUACAAGUUGUAGCAGGACAUUAUAACGAUCAUCUGUGUGUGGCUGUGGCACGAGAAUUGGAGAAAGCGUUUGGUGGUUGGGUUCCGCCGUCUUAAUCUGUUUCAUGGUUAAUCUGGUAUCGAUACUCGAUUUAACAGCAACUUAUAAUUGCAGUUGCUACCAAGCGGUAGCGGUAAAAGUAAGAUUUUCUAGCUAUGAAGGGAUAUGUCAAGAUGAUUUUCACAAUCAACGUCGUUUUUUAUUACUCAUUUAGGCUUCCAUACAGUUUGUUAUUUAUCAGUUGUAAUUUGUAAUUUGUAUUGUAACGCAACAAUAUUUAUUGUAGCAAUGAAAUAACUGAUAUUAAAAAUCUUCAAG